AACACUGUCAGAUACUAUUUAUAAAUAUAUCGUAACGAAACCAACCAAUCAGAUUGCUUGAAUUUUACCGACUUGGGAUCAUGUCAGGACUUGCCAGAUCGACAAAUUAACAACGUGGUUUAAAUGCUAGCAAGAAGAUGACUACAUCAACACAUAUUUGUGCGGACGAGGAAGUGAUGACCGCCAGUAAGAAAGCGCUGGAGAGUGGAAGGAUAACGCCCCUGUUAAAAGUGGAAUUGUGGGCCAAGAUACAAGCAAGACGAUUGUCCGAGGGUAAAGAGGAGAUGCAAGUUGAUUUUGAAAAGAGUCCUCAUAGUUCUAAUGUGUUAACCAAAGACGAGCAAGAUAGAGCCCGAGGAAGGAGAGCUAGUAACAGAGUCGCGGCUAAAAAGUGCAGGGGAAAGAAGAAACUAGAGAGAGGGAAUUUAGAUCAGUUGAAAAAUGAUUUGGAAGAAAGAAAUCUCCAACUUAAGGCACAGAUUAGAGAACUAGAAAAAGAAAAGUUCAGGCUUACCGAAAAACUUCUUGGAAACGUCGGUGUUUUAACAAAUCACAUUGAAGAGCCAGUACAAAUUCCUGCAAUGGGUUCAGAAAUGACAAUGAACACUACUUGUAUAAUGACAGAAUUUAAUAACUGUGAAGACACAUCUGUGAAUAUGUGUGAAAUUCAGAUGCAACAAGAAACAUAUGACGCAUUAGACGACGUUGAGGAUAAAACAGAUAGCCACGACACAAUAGAGUAUUCACGAGCAGGCGAUGAUCAAGGAGACAUAGAAGAUUUAACUUACUUUCGUAGUUCUCAGGAGGUACCCACAGAUUCUUGUUCCGAAAUACAAAUGGAAGAGCGAGCUCCAACGAACAUCACAAGUCCACUGCCAGAAUUCGAAGAUGGCGAUGCAUCUUUAGAUGACUGGAUGGGGACAAGUUACAUUAACUUGGACAAAUAUAUUUUAUAAACUGUUGUACUGCCAGCUAUUGCAUUAUGAGGGUUUGGAUGGGGGAGCCGGUUCUCCAUUUCUGUAUUUUUUCUGUCAUUGUUCUGUAUGGUUUAUCUUUUUGCUCAUUAUAUUCUAUUCUUUAUAUUUUCGUACCUAUUUGUCUUUGAUAUGUCUUUUGUAUGUCUUUUUUUCUCUUCUCUUUGUGUUUGUAGACAAAUUUUCUGUUUAGCUGGUACAUUAUUCACUAUUCUGCUCGCCAAACCCAGACCCGCCAUUAUUAUCAUAUAUAUAUCAUGACUUUUUAGGGCAUUCCUUGGCCAUGUUGGCUACUGAGAACAAUUACGAUUUUCAAUUGUUCCUUUU